UGGAUUUGACGAGUUUGGGUGGCUUACAAAAUACAAAGGGGAAGCAUGGGUGCAGGUGGGCGGGUCGGGUCAAAGCCCCACAAAAUGAAGUGCCCCGCCCCAUUUCUAUCCAAGACUUACGACCUCCUCGACGCCGCCGUGGAGAGGGUGGUUUCUUGGAACUCCGACGGGAAUGGAUUUGUGGUUUGGUCGCCGGCGGAGUUCUCCAAACUCAUGCUGCCUAAAUAUUUCAAACACAACAAUUUCUCCAGCUUCGUUCGCCAGCUUAAUACCUAUGGCUUCAAGAAAACAGAAUCGAAACGGUGGGAAUUCAAGCAUGAAAAAUUCUUGAAAGGUUCGAAGCAUCUGCUGGUGGAGAUCAGCCGCAAGAAGGUGGAGCCGAGCGCGUUCCCGCAGUUUCUAGAAGCUUCCAGAGGCCGUUGUGAAGAUGGGAAGAUGGCAAGAAUGAUCAUGGAAGAGAAUCAAAACCUCAGAAGAGAGAGAGUGCAACUCAAAAUGCAGAUUUCUCAUUUCAAGGCUGUGGAGAUGAGGCUGCUCGAAUGCCUUUCACACUACAUUACACACCAAAAUAAUAUGGAAGGACCUACAAUCCAAAACUUUUCAUCAUAAAUAAAAAUUCCCACAAAAUAAUAUAUAAGGUUAAUAAUAUGAAAAAAAUUCCUUUUGACAAAGUUAUAUGUGGGAGUUUAAUAUUCCAGUCGAGUCACGCUACUUCAUCAGUUAUUUCAAUAUGAUUGUACGCGUAAUAUGUACUAUAUUUUAAUAUGCUAUUUUAUAUAAGUGCAUAUAUGUAAAUUAGUGAUACCGUAUGGGAUGAAAUGCAUGCCUUUUCAGGUACUGAAUUUUGUAUGAACAUUAUAUGUAUCUAUUAUAUUGACUUUAA